AUGUCUGCCUUGAAAGUCUGUCCCACUGUGAGUGGAAAUCCACGCCCACCAGAGGUCAUGAAUCUCAAGAGACCUGGCCGUGUAACCAGCCAGCUACAGUAUCUGGAGAAGGUGGUGAUUAAGGCUUUAUGGAAGCAUCAAUAUGCGUGGCCUUUCCGCCAGCCAGUUGAUGCCGUGGCCCUGGGUCUCCCUGAUUAUUACACAAUAAUCAAAACUCCUAUGGACCUGAACACUAUUAAGAAACGACUUCAGAACAGAUAUUACUGGGAGGCAACUGAAUGUAUAAAUGAUUUCAACACCAUGUUUACCAACUGCUACGUGUACAAUCGGCCUGGAGAUGACAUUGUUUUUAUGGCAAAGAACCUGGAAAAGUUUUUUUUGCAGAAAGUGUCCCAAAUGCCCAAGGAAGACAGGGGGGUAAAAGUCAGCUCAAAAGAAGUGGUGAAAGGGAAAAUUACCAAAACAGGUGCUGUGAAGCAGCGCUCCCUUGUGUCAGAGGUUGUUGUCAAGCAGACGGUAACGGUCAUCCCUCCUAAUGUGACCCAGCCCACCAAGCUCUCUGCACAAAACAGUGCAACAAUUAAAAAAGGUUUGAAGAGGAAGUUGGACCCUGCGACCUCCACCACCUCAGUCAUCAAGAACGCUGAGGCGCUGCGUGCCGGGGAGCAUUCUACACCUUCUGAUCUGUUCAUCAGGACCGGCAGUGGAAGGCCCAUCAAGCCUCCUAUCAAAGACUUUUGUGUCACUGAGGACAAGAAGUUCAAGCAAUCUGAACAGCUGAAGUGCUGCGCCGCUAUCCUGAAGGAGAUGCUCUCCAAGAGGCACUACGCAUAUGCAUGGCCCUUUUACACACCCGUUGAUGCUGUUUCUUUGGGCUUGAAUGACUACUAUGACAUCAUCAAGGAGCCUACAGACCUAGGCAGCAUCAAGAAAAAAAUGGAUCAACGAGAAUAUGCAAAUGAAAAGGAAUUUGCAGCUGAUGUCCGACUGAUGUUCUCCAACUGUUACAGAUACAAUCCACCAACACAUGAGGUUGUUUAUAUGGCAAGAAAACUCCAGGAGGUUUUCGAGGCACGUUAUCUUAAGGUUCCCCAGGAACCACAGAGUUGCCCCGUGUCUCACCAGCAAGCUGACAAUGGGAAAGGAAACGGCACUGGGAGUCUCUCUUCAGCCAGUUCUGAGAGCAAAAGCUCUUCAGAGGUGGAGAGUUCAGAGGAAGUUGGCGUUCAGCUGGCUCAGCUGGAAGAGCGGUUGAAAAGUGUCAGUGAACAGCUGAAGAGAUUUGUCAAAGAACCUCUGAAAUCAAAGAAGAAAGAGAAGCUGAAAAAGGAAAAGAGAUUAAAAGAAAAACAUUUUGCUCGACUAAAGAAGAAGUUUGCCAAAUACAAAUCCAUUGUGGAAAAAGAUUCAAACAACAAGCGCUCUUUUUUACAUGAAGGCAGACACAAUCAUCCUACUGUGCCCGCAACAGUUGGGAAUGAGGUCUCAACACUGACUUAUCAAGAGAAGAAGCAGUUAAAAUUCGACAUCGACAAGCUGCCGGGGGACAAACUGGGUAAGCUGGUCAGCAUCAUUCAGAGCAGGGAAUCCUGUCUGCACCAGUCUCCUCCAGAUGAGUUUGAAGUUGACUUUGAGAUGCUCAAGCCUUCCACACUGAGAGCUCUGAAGUCGUUUGUUGCAGAGUGUCUAAGGAAAUGCAGCAAGAGAAGAAAGGUCAUGGCAUCUUCUGGCCACAGCUGCCAGUCACCCCUCAGCAAAUGCAGCAGCUCAUCCUCCAGCUCCAGCUCCAGCAGUUCACACUCCAGUUCUUCUAGUGACUCUGAAUCAGAUUUGUCUGCCCUUUUAUCUCCCAUGGCAAUGUCUCCUGAAGUUUUGCCAGACUGGUUUUCUGCUAGAUUUGAGCCCGUGCUGUCCCCUCUCAAGGACAGCCCCCUGUGGGCCAAAGAUGAGUCCAGCAGCAAUUUCAAACGCCUUGAGGAUUUUCCCGAUAUCCAAGCAACUUCCAGGCCGUGCACAAAUGGUUCUAACACUGAAGAGGAAAAGGAACAUCUUCCAAGAAAGGAUAGUUCCCUGAGAAAUCCCGACUCAUGGGCCAGACUGGUGAGACCGACGGUCACCCCUCCUGCAAUCAAGUCCUCCAAAGAGAGUUUCCAGAUGUUCCGCAAGGCUGCGAUACAAAAAGAGGAACAAGAGAAGGCACUGAAGAGGAAACCAAUGGACGACAACAGGGAACAGGAGAUUCCUGAAAAGAGCAGGUCCGACCCCAGCAGAGCAGAUCAGCCUGUGGUGGAGGGCUCUGAUCUGCUAGAGAGCCUUCUGUCAACGACUCUCCUGGACCCUCCCAUGACUGUAGACAAACAGAAAUGUCUCGCUGAAGCUCUGUCUCCAAGCACCCCGCCCUGUGUGGACAGAGAACGGGACAUGGCCCGCAGGAAAGAGCAAGAGCGUCGCAGGCGAGAGGCCAUGUCUGGUAUUGACAUGACCAUGCAGCGGGACAUAAUGACCUCCUUUGAGCUUAACCUGGAUUAAAACUUGUGAAGAAUACUUUGUUGGGUUUCUCUUAACAGAGUGAGCUGCUCUUCCUGUCUUGGGAACAAAAGACUACUUUGUGUAAAGGUUGAAUUGUGUGCAGGAGAAAACCAAGACGAUAAUGGGUCUGGCCCUGGAUUGUUGUAUAUUGUACUGCACUUGUAACGUUUGGAUUGGCCGCUCUGGAGCUGUGAAAGACGGACUAAUCCUCGCUGUGUUUAUGGGCUGUGCAGUGUCACUCCGUUAUUCUACUGCACUUUGUUGCUCAUGCACUUC